GAGUUCAAACUCUGUCAAGUGAACAUCGCAGCACCAUCACCCCCCCCACCACUCCCCACCACCAUCACCCAAAACAACAAAAAACACACACCACAACCCCAUCGCCAUCACUACAAUUAACAUCACCAGAGCACUCACCAUUACCGGUACCAUCGCGAUGUCUCGACGCAAGCAAGUCAAGCCCCAGCACCUGAGUGAGCGAGACUUCCCGACCGUAAGCGAUUCCCUCGAAAGCAGCUCGCUCGCCGAUGGCCGUUUCCACGACAUCGCCAAAAACAACAACGGCAAUCACCACCAUUGCCACAACAACACAAGCAACCUCACCGGCGAAGACGAUGAUGAGGAGGCGGAAGAGGAGGACGACGAUGAUGGACAUGGCAACGCAAAAACUCACGCGCGCGCCACGACAACAACGAGCACAAUAACAACCCACCGCCACAUUAACAACCGCAGCAAACAUCACAACAAUGUAACAACCACAAUGGAGGCGUCAUCGUCGUCGUCACUGGCGUCGGUGUCAUCGCCGCCGCUCUCCUCGUCGUCCUCGUCAUCGUCGUUAUCCCUGUUGCCCACCUCAACGUCGCGGGGCGCCGACCUCCUCACCUGCAGCCGCUGCGGCUGCGACUUCCUGCUGUCCGACAUUGCACGCUUCAUUGAGCACAAGGCGCGCCGGUGCUCCCCCUGCGCGUGCACUGCUGCUCCUCCUCUGCCUCCUCCUCAGUCGCGUAGGGUGGAGGAGGGCCGAGUCAGAGGUCUCGCCGGGCACGCGGCGGCUCGUCACGGUGACCAAUCGGAAGCUGCCGCUACCGUCAUUGCCGCCACCGGUCAGGUUUUGAAUUCUGCGAAAAUGGCGGCGGGGUCUGGAGCGGAGCUACGCGUAGGGGCGGGGCGUGGGGCGGGGCUGCACUUGGAGGCGGGGCGUGGGGCGGGGCUGCACGUGGGGGAGGGCUAUGCCAAGGAGAUUGGCGACAGUGAUGGAGGAUGCAUUGCAGCCUCGUUGACGCAGUUUGCGCUUGCACACGCACGCAUCUGUCGCGCCUGCAGCGCGAAGAAACCGCAGACGAAUGGGGAAUUGGGCAGCCAGAACCAAGCGCCAUCUAAGAAUUAUCCAAGCUCUGUGGUCCUUUAUUGGAGCUAUCACCACCACCACUGCCAUCACCACCAUCUCCACCACCUCCAACCUCUCCCCUCCCCAGGCGAGGUUGGAGAGCCUCGUGCCCUUGCCUGCUCCUCGUGCUGCCUGCUCUGCCCGAGCGCCUGGGCACUGCUGCAGCACGUGCAGGGCUCGCAUGGCCUGCGCAUCUACUGCACCGAGUUACCGGCAGCCACGGCCCUCAUGGGCCCUGGCCACAACAACGUCCCCAGUUCUCCGGGAUCCUCCCUUGGCAGACCGGCACCACCUCCUCCUCUGCCGCAGCCGCCCCGCCGACGCUCGGAGCCGGGCUCCGAUCGCCGAUCGUACCGCGGCCCGCCGACCCCGACCCUCCACGCGGACCUCGGCUCCGUGCUGGGGCCCCUGACAGGUGCCCCGGGCUACCCCAGGCUGCCCCGAUUCGGGGGGCCCCCCGCCGCAGACUUUAAGGGGCUCUCGGCGCUGUACGCCGCCACGUCGGUUCGCACGCAGGGCUCUCCGUACGCGGUGGCCGGGCCCCCCUAUGUGGGCGCACGGUUUGGCGACCUCGCGAGCGGGCCCGACGAGCUGACGGUCGCUCAGCAGCUUCAUCAUCAUCAACAGCAGCAGCAACAGCAGCAGCAGGCGAUGGCGACGAGCAGUGCGUUCCAGAGGGUGGUGAGACCCGCGGGCAGCACCUGCGACCUGGCGCUGGACUUCUCGCAGCGCCUCCACAGUCUAGCAGACCAACCAGCUGCGAUGGGCGCGCCACCCUCUCUGGCACCUCCCGCCACCGCCGCCAAAUCCCCGGGCCGCGGCGCUCCGACCCCUCCUUUCGCCCGCUCCACGAUGUCCACCGCCACGACCGCCACGACCGCCAUGACCGCUACCACCAUCACCACCGUGACCUCAACGGCGAUGGCAGUGGCGGCGAUGGCAGUGGCGGCGAUGACGCCGAAGAUAACGUCGGAGGGCGAGUGGCAUGGGACGACGGCGGUGGCGACCUCGAUGACCCCACCAGCCGUUCCUCCGCGACUCAACUCCUCCGUCGUCACCACCUCACUCACCCCACAGUCGUCGACCUCCUCUUCGUCAUCCUUGGUGGUGGGGAGCUCGAGUCUGUCCAGACAGAGGUGUUUGUCCGCAACGCCACCACCACGGCCACAGCCACAGCAGCUGCAUCGCCUCGUGUCCCGCGCCUGCCAGGUUUGCCACAAAACCUUCAAGGCAUCCUCCUUCUUCACCUCCUCCAACUCGCCUCCUCAUCACUCUUUUCCUCCUCCUCCUCCAUGCGGCCGCCGUGGCAACGGUGGAGGUGGCUUUGGUGGCAGUGGUCGCUGGGCCCAUGGUCACAGCACGCGCGGUGUGUGCCGGCGAUGUCGCCGCAAGGGCGAAGGGGAGGCACGCAUCAAACGUGAAGCGGACGACCGCGAUGAUGAUUAUGACGAUGAUGAUGCUGAUUAUGAUGACGACGUCGAUGACGAUGAUGAUGAUGAAGUGGAGGGAGGGAGGAGGAGGAAGGAAGACGCUUCCAACUCGGUCUCGCCCGACAGCGGAGCAGCCACAAUGAGCACCAAGAAUGGGAAAGUGAGGCCCUCGUGGGGUCACCACCACCACCACCACGAUGACAGAGGCAGUGGUGGUGAUGAUAACGACGAUUAUUCGGACCCCACAGCGGAGACUGGAGGAGUUGAGGACGAGGGAGAUGGAGCGGUCGGUGGUGGCGGCGAUGACGACGACGUUGACGAGGUGGAGGAAGAGGAAGAUGAAGACGACGAUGAUGAAGAAGAAUGCGACUAUGGCCUCCGCAAGGCGCCCGAUCUCCAGGAAAGCCCAGAGGAAGCCAGGGCCAACGGCGUGCCCCGCAACGAAGCCGGCAUGGGCAGCGGCAUCAGCGGCAGCAGCGGCGUCAUCAGCAGCAGCGGCGUCGUCUUGGGCAUGAAGCCCAUGUCGGUGUUGAGCGAGGUGAUGGACACCAUCGGGCUGAGCUCCAUCCAGCAGUACAGCGACGCCUUGAGGCAGGCCCUCGCCGAGAAGGAGCGCCACGUGCCCGGCAGAUUCCCCCACGCCGUGCUGGAGCCAUGCGGUGGCAGUGCUCGGAGGGGAGGCUGGGCUCGCCCUCGUGGUGAUGGUGGUGGUGAGGAUAGGACGUUGCUGAACGACCGUAUGCUCUCUGUGUCUCCGCUCGAUCUGGUCUCUGGGCCCAUGUCGCUCUCCAAACGUAACGGCGGCAGCAGCAGCAACAACCAUCACUACCACCAGGGCAGCAGCAGCUACAGCAGCAAUAACAACAGCUACAACAGGGCAGUCAUCGUGAGUAACAACAAUGGCAGCAGCAACAACAGCUACAGCCGAAGCAGCAGCAGCAUCGACAUCAUCAGCAGCAGCGGUGGUGGCAUCGCCAGUCAUAGCAUCAUCAGCAACAACACUACCGCUCAUGGAGAUGAUGACGAUGUCGGCACCAUCACUUGCAAGAAGAUCAAAUGGGAAGCACCCGAUGACAUCUCCUCAUCACCACCACCACCACCUGCAGCUCACCACCAUCAACAACAACAACAUCACUACCACCACCGCAGUCAUCACAACCACCAUCUUCAUCCUCACCACCCGCCCUCCCCCGCCCUGCACCCACUCAUGAGCCACGACAAUUUCUACUCUCAGUGGCUGGCCGGCUACGCUCAGACGAGGCACCUGGGCAAAGACGCGGCCUUCCCGGGCCUCCUGCAUGCGUCCCCGCACCGUGUGCCUGAGAACGGGGCCGUGGGGGCCCUCCUCUACCCGGCGCCCCUCGUCGACAUCCUGGACGGGCGCAGGGGUCGUGGACGAGGAGGUUUCGUGGGACGAUCUCACCACCAGCACCAUCCCCGCCACCACCAUCAACAACAACAUCACCAGCAGCAGAACCACCACCAGCAACAACAGCAAAAGAUGCUAGCCAUUGCUAUGGGGCAACACGAAGGUGCCGAAGGUGGCGGUAGCGGUGGUGGUGGCGGUAGCGGUGCUGGUGCUGGCGGAGCUGGUGGCAUGGGUGGGGCUGGAGGAUCUACCGGUGGUGACGGAGUGCGGAGGAGCAGCAACGGCAGGGGGCGACCGCCGGGCAGCCGCGAGUCGAAGCGCAGCGACACGUGCGAGUACUGCGGCAAGGUGUUCAAAAACUGCAGCAACCUGACGGUGCACCGGCGCUCGCACACGGGCGAGCGGCCCUACAAGUGCGAGCUGUGCAGCUACGCAUGCGCGCAGAGCAGCAAGCUGACGCGCCACAUGAAGACGCAUGGCCAGAUGGGGCGCGAGUCGUACCGCUGCGACGUCUGCCAGAUGCCCUUCAGCGUGUUCAGCACACUCGAGAAGCACAUGAAGAAAUGGCAUGGAGGGGAGCACGCGGCAGCGGCGGCGACGGCAGCCACAGCGGCGGUGGUGAUGGCAGCGCAGGGGAUGGGUGGCGGCAGAGAUGGUGGUGGCGGUGAUGGUCGUGGUGAAGAUGGAGUGAUGGUGAUGGCGGAGGAGGGAGCAAGGGAUGCGUGAAGUGUUGGAGGAUGUUCCAGAUGGUUAGGGGAGAGGGAGGGUAUGUGAAAGGGGUACUCCCCCCCCCCUCCCAGAAUAAAUGCUUCCAGUAUUCGAGGAAAGUACCUCCACCCCGCCCACCUGCCCAAACCCCCAAAUCUAUCUAUUCCAAUCACCCGGGGUCUCUUCUUUCCGGCACCACCAUCCACCACGACCACCGACUUCCCUGUCCCUCCCGGUGGUGGUUAGCGGGGGGGAGGGAGGGAAUGCGUGAAAUGUUGGGGAGAUGUUUGGGUUGGAAAGGGGGGGGGCGUUGUGGGAGUGUGCCCCCCACCCCUCCCCCCUCAUCUCUUCUAACCGGUGAAUAUGUUCCAUUAGUGGGGUCCAUGUUUCAGUAGAGAAGGGAGGGAAUGACUGCGGAGCGACAGACCAGGUAGCUUCCACACAGCAUUACGCAACCGAUGAAAAGAUAAUGCCGCUCGACUGAUUCGGAGUGAGACCUCUGCUG